UAGGUGCGAAAUUCCUGGCAGCUAGCGUUCCAAGCCGGUGGUUGGUAAUCUCAGUGCAGUUAGGAAAAUGGAGAGUUACAAUCGAGGAUGGCUACUUUUGGUUGGGAUUUUGGUGGCACUAAGUGUACCAUAUUCACAAGCCUUUUGGGGCAAUGAAAAUAAGAUAAACACUGCUGUUUUCUUGUCACCUAAGUUCGUGCUCGGACCGGGAUCAGUGGAAGAUAGGUUCUAUUACAAUGUCGACUUCCCGAAAGGUCAUAUUGCCUUGAAAAGUUUCAAUGCAGAAGUGAUCGAUGAGGCGGGGAAUCCUGUUCCAUUGCACGAGACGUAUCUGCAUCAUUGGGUUGUUGCUAGGUACUUUGUUCGUAAAGGCGUCGACAUAUCGGAGUUUGAUGACCAUGCAAAACUUAACAGUUCGGAUUAUAUUUCUGGGAGAAACAGUGGGAUUUGUCCAAAUCUUGGCCAGUUCUUCGGCCUCGGGUCUGAGACACGGAAAACCGCAACUCAUGUUCCCGAUCCAUACGGAAUAGAAUUCGGUAAUCCUGCUGAGAUUCCUUCCGGGUUUGAGGAGCAAUGGAUGCUUAACAUUCAUGCCAUCGAUACAAGGGGUGUGGAAGACAAGUUGGGAUGUACCGAAUGCCGUUGUGAUCUGUAUAAUGUUACGGUCGAUGGAUAUGGAAGACCUCUGAGACCAGACUACAUAGGAGGUUUGUUAUGUUGUUACGAUCACACGCAAUGCAAGGUGAAACGAGGAUUCGAGGGUGUUCGAAGAACCCUUUACCUACGAUACACUGUGAAGUGGGUUGAUAUGGAUAGCUCCAUCUUGCCUGUUAAAGUUUAUAUAUUUGACAUUACCGAUACUUGGAAAAGGACUCGAAAUUCAACUGGGAUUAAUGCAGAGCACCAGUGCAAGGUGGAAUAUGAUAUUGAACCUUGCCAUUCGACCGGAUUGGGUGACGAUGGAUGCGUUGAUAACAAAAGGAUAAGUCUUGACAUGCCAUUUGGCGGUUAUCUCAUAUAUGGUGUUGCACACCAACAUUCAGGGGGCAUCGGUUCUGCUCUUUAUAGAGAUGAUGGCCAAGUUAUGUGUUCUUCGCUCCCGACUUACGGGGAGGGAGAAGAACCUGGAAACGAAGCCGGUUACAUUGUAGGAAUGACCACCUGCUAUCCUCAACCGGGAGCCAUAGAGAUAUCUAAAGGGGAUACAUUGAUUUAUGAGUCAAAUUACAGUAGUAUCAAACAUCAUACGGGAGUAAUGGGGCUGUUCUACAUUUUGGUUGCGGACCAAUUGCCCAAACCAAUGCACACCUUGCACACUGUCAUUCAAACACAGGGUACUCUUUCGCUGUUAACAAUCCUUUGGGCCGCGGUAGCGAUGAUCGGUGCGGUAGCUGUUAUUGCUGUCGCCUUUCAUUAUCGACUUAAACGUGAGAGAGAAGAUGGCUAUGAAGCAAUUGGGAUAUGAAUGUGUUUUUAUAAGCUCUACACCGUAUUGCAUCUGAGAAUUCCAGUAACUUUGUUGUAAAGUUAGUGA